UACUCCCGGCCUUGAGUCUGACGGAUACCCCGCCUUCACAAGCCAGUCCACCGCAGAGCGACACCGAUGGACUCAUCGUCACGAUUAGAUAGAUCAAGCUCAGUCUCUUCGACGUCCUCGUCAACAUCGCGUAACGGCUCCGAACCCUUUGCUUACCAGACCCGCAUCCUUGAACGCACCUCGUCUCUCACGCGUACACAAGGGACCUUGCCCAAGAAUGGUGUUCUUGCUCCGACAAACUCUGGUAGCAGACGCUGGACGCCGUCGCACCGAUACGGCUCGAGCGUCGAGUCCGUACGCGGGAAGUGGGAGGAGCGUGCGCGCGCCGAAGCCGCGGUCAAUAGCCCGAGCCCUUCACGUAGUAGCUUCAGCACGGAAGAACCACAGUCAACGGCACCGUCUUCGCCUCUCAGUAGUGAGCAGGUGCAUGAAGGCCGCCCGUCUCCGUCCCGUUCGUCGAGCUCGACGGUCGGAUUCAGUUCGAAUAGUACCGAACCCAUGACUCCGCCCUCCCUCACGAAACGACAUACAAUGCCCGAACCAAUCGUCGCGUCACCUUUAUCCCCUAAUACCACGGGAAUCAGUGUCGUCUCCCCCGAACCCCUUUCAUUCUCGUCUUCAUCAACCACACCUACCAAUCGCAUACGGUUUCCUAUGUCCAGCCCAUCCGUCGCGUCUAGACGGCAGAAGUUCGAUUCUAAUGUGGAUUCAGGGUCCAACGGUGACGUCUUUAGUGGUGGCAACGCCUCAAGCAUACGAUCCCGUCGGUCUGUAGAUUUCGAUUCGAUUAUGAAGGAGUCGCGAGUUGCUGCAUUGUCCGAUGCUGUGGACUCACUUCCUUCCUCAACCGAAAACAGUCCGAGACGAAUACGUCCAAAUUCUAUGUUUGGCUCGUCGCCGUUAUCGUCAUAUCCGAAGCAGGAUCUAGUUGCUUCAUCGUCAUUGGACAGACCUAUCCGUGCUCCAAUUCCGGACAGCUUUCGUGCUCCUUCACCGGAUAAGUCUACAAGGUUGGCCUCCUCGACACCGCCUUCUCCGGAUAAGUCUAGCCGCCACGAUCUCCUUGAAAAACGCAGAGCGAAUCUCUUUUCUGCAUCCAGGCAAGAUGCACCUUUCACUCCUUCAUCCCCAGACAAGACAACUAGGUCGAACCCAAUAACUCUACCAAGAAGGAAUUCUGUGAAGGACUCUCCUUUUCUUCGCCCUUCUUCUCCUGCCUCCGAUGGUGUUGCUUCAACUUCCAAGCCAACGGCUCAGCCGUACCGUCCACCACCUCCGUCACCUUCAUCCUUUGCAAAUACGUCUUCUGUCAUGUCACCAACUCCCUAUCGUAGCUCUUAUAUGUCUAACAAGAAGGCAGGUAUGUAUGGUGAUAGUCUAUCUGUUGGGCGAAGGCUCGGGCGUCAUUUACCGCGCAUUGCAAGCGGAGACGCAUACGACGAGCCGGAGCCGGGGCCUCAAACGCAACCUUCAGUGCAGCUAGAAAAGCAGCUGCCAGCAACUCCAGAGAAACCUCUUCCUGUGAUGACUCCAGCGAAGUCGCCAGAGCCGAAUGCACAGCUAAGCAGGCUGGAACGGCGGGAGAAGCGGUUGCGGGAAUGGCAACUAGAAAUGGACAGCAAGCCUAUUACUCCAAAGAAGCCAGUAACAUAUAGUCCAGAGCGCGACUCUUUCGCGAUCCCGCAUGUAUCUGAUGCUAUACCUCCAUCGCCUGACGACGUUGCAGGAAUACCAGGACGGAAACGUCUUUCGCGUGAUGUUCUAGCUCCUUCUCAAACUCCCUAUGGUGCCCCAAUGCCAAUGCCGUCCUCGCGUCUUGGGAUGCGUGGUGGGCUAUGGGCUGACCAGCAGCGUCAUUUGAUCCGUGCUUAUGAAUACCUUUGCCAUGUCGGUGAAGCACAACAGUGGAUUGAAGGCUGCUUAGGCGAAGAACUUGGAUUUGGCGUGGUGGAAAUGGAAGAGAGCCUUCGAAAUGGUGUUGUUCUCGCAAGACUUGCACGAGCUUUCCUGGGCGAGGGGGUUGUGAGGAGGAUUUUUGAAGCUCCCAAAUUAGAUUAUCGGCAGACGGACAAUAUCAAUCAUUUCUUCCACUUCAUUCGUUCCGUCGGCCUGCCAGAGUGCUUUAUUUUCGAAACAACUGAUCUUUACAAUAAGAAGAAUAUUCCGAAAGUCAUUUAUUGCAUACAUGCUCUCAGCCAUCUCCUUGCUCGACGCGGUUUAGCAGAGCGUAUAGGCAAUCUCGUCGGCCAAUUGCAGUUCUCUGACGACCAGCUUCAACGAACCGAGAAGGGUCUGAAGGACGCAGGUGUACCCAUGCCGAAUUUUGGUGAAAUUGGUAGGGAACUUGCUAAGGAAAUCAACGAGGAACCUGAAGAAGAGGUUGAAACUGAAGAAGAACGUCGUGAUCGAGAACUUCUGGAGAAUGAGGAAUCCAUUAUUGGCCUUCAGUCAGCCUUACGCGCUUUCCUUGUCCGGAAAAGUCAAGCGACGCAACUCGCUCGCCUUCGCCUUGCAGAACGGUACAUCGUCAAGUUUCAGGCGCGAUGCCGAGGUGUUGCGACUCGCCAACGUGUUCGUGACGCUCGCAAACGGCAAGCAAGCCUCGUUCCAUGGGUCUUAGCUUUGCAAGCAACUGCACGAGGUGUCAUUGCUCGUCGGGCCUGGAGGCAACGUCUGGCGAGGAUUCGGGCAGUGACUCGGUGUAUGAUAAAGGUGCAGGCUCAGUCACGCGGUGUACUACAGCGUCGUCGUUUCGCUCGACUGAAGGCGGCUCUUGUAAAAAGCAAGGUGUCUGUGCUGAGGCUACAGGCUGCCGCCCGUGCUAAGCUUGCCAAGAAGAGUCAUCAGCAGAUACAGAAGACACUUGGCCAGACGAAAACCAUGGAGAGUGUCGUCGGACUUCAGGCUGUUUGCCGUGCCGUGCUUGUUCGGCGUAAUUUAGCGAAGCAGGUGCGGGCAUUGAAGGGUGUGGAAAAGGAUGUCAUCCAGCUUCAAGCUCAUGUACGAGGCGUACUUGUGCGCAGAAGAGUCGGUGCGCAGUUGGCCAAGCUAGAUGACGCGACAGACGUAGUUGUCCGCAUCCAAGCUGCUGCUAGGAGUUACCUGGCUCGAAAGCGGCUCCUGAACCUAAUCCGUGGGCUUCGUCGCGCAACAUCGUCAAUUGUAUCGGUUCAGGCAUUUGCUCGUGCUGCUCUGAAGCGCAAAGAACACAAAGCUAUGAACAAAGCGCUGGGUGAAGUGAAGGUCAUUAAAGCAGUCGGUUCUUUGCAAGCUCUUGCACGAGCGGCUUUAGUCAGGAAGAAACAUCAAGAGCAAAAUAAAAAGCUUGAAUUUUGUCAACCGGACGUAAUCGGAUUUCAGGCUCUUGCUCGAGGUGCACUCCUCCGUCGAAAUUUCUUCGCUUGGAGGGAUCAUCUUCGGGCCAGUCAAUCUGAGGCUACACACCUCCAGGCGCUUUUCCGAGGUUUGCUUGUACGUAGAAGGUUCGUGGAAAAGAUGAAAUACUACCGUGACAAUCUGGAGAAGGUCAUUAAGAUCCAGUCUCUGUACCGGGCGAAGGAAACACGAGAGCAAUAUCGGCAGUUAACUCUGGGUCACAAUGUGAACGUUGGUACCAUCAAGAACUUCGUACACCUUCUUGACGACUCGGAAGCAGACUUCGAGGACGAAAUUGAAGUGGAACGCCUUCGCAAGCGUGUGGUCCAGAGCAUCCGAGCCAAUCAAGCACUCGAGACAGAGGUCUCCGAGCUCGACGUGAAGAUUGCUCUAGUCGUACAAAACGUGAAGAGCUUUGAAGAACUUAUCAAGGCUCGGAGACGUCACGACAGUAUUGGAGCCCAUGCGUCUCGUGCUAGUGUUCUCGCGGCCCAUGGCGAUCCAUUUGCAGGUGCUAGCUCGCUCGACCACGAGUCGAAACGGAAGUUAGAGCUUUAUCAGCAACUUUUCUACAUGUUGCAGACAAGGUGUGACUACCUCGGCAAGCUCUUCCAGCAACUCGCAAAGGCCGACAUAUCCGACAAGCAUAAAAAGCUUGUCGAGCGUGUCGUGCUCACACUCUUCGGAUAUGGUCAAGAUAGGCGAGAGGAGUACCUAUUACUCAAGCUCUUCCAGAACUCGAUGAAAAGUGAAGUUGCUAUGUCUCCUUCUGCUGAGUCUGCGAUACCGGAAAUUCCCAUGUUCCUUUCGAUCGGAUUGCAGUACAGCCGACCAAAACAGGUUACAUAUGUCAGAGACACUCUGCAGCCUUUGAUUUGGGCUGUUGUUGAUGGCGUAGUGAACGAUGAUAAGCUGGACCUUGAGACGGAUCCUUGCAUCAUUUACCGGUCCAGGAUCAACAUCGAAGAGAUGCGAUCUGGGAUGAAGAGUAACAAACCGAAGGAUGUGAAUUAUCGAGACGCGGUUAUGGACCCAGAGACUCGCAAGGUGUUCAUACACAACCUUCAGAAGCUUCAUGCUUUGUCCAGAGACUUCGUAAACGCGAUUAUCGGCUCCACCAAGAAGAUGCCUUAUUGUAUGCGCCAUCUCGCUCGUGAGGCUCUCGCAAGUUUGAAGGCUAAGUUCCCCAAUCAAACGGAUGAGCAGUAUGCUGUUCCACUGGCAAGGCUUCUGUUCUACCGCUAUAUUAAUCCUGCGAUAGUUGCUCCCGAGACAUUUGACAUUGUGCCAAAUACGAUCGACAUUGCAUCGCGAAAGAACUUGGCGCAGAUAUCGAAAAUGAUCAACCAGAUAGCGUCCGGGAAGGAAUUCGGGGAAGCAGAUCCCUGUCUUCACCCUCUCGACAAAUAUGUUGCGGAGGCCAUAAGACAGUUCCGAACAUGGGUGUUCGAAGUUGCGGAUGUCCAAGAUGCUGAGACCCAAUUUCACGCCAAUGAGUUCUUGGAUGUCGCAACUCAACCAAAACCUAUUUAUAUCUCCCCGAACGAGGUGUACUCGAUGCACACGAUGUUGUCUCAACAUCUUGACCGGCUGGCUCCGGCGAGGGAUGACCCUCUUCGAGGCAUUCUGACGGAAUUAGGUGGUGUGCCACAUCUGGGCAGCGAAGAGCUCACUGCUGCUCGUGAUGCGGCUAUCACCCUCGAACUCACCAACCGGUUUGCAAACGUUAAAGAUCCGCAUGCUGAGGAAAAGGCUCUUUGGGUCCAGGCGAAACGUGCCGUUCUCGCCAUUCUACGUGUACAGCCUGCUAGGGAUCUCGUCGAGUGUCUAAUGCAACCAGUGUCCGAGGAGCAUGAAAUGUUUUGGGAAGACAUUGUCGACCGCGAGCUUAUGAAUGACCAUUUACGGCAACGACAACGCCGUAUGCCGUCCACCACUGGAGCAGAAUCUGCAUAUCGAUUGGACGACAUCAGAUCGCUAACGUUCAAGGAGGUUAAGGCUCAUGCAAUCUACUUCUUACUGGAGUUAGAGAAACAGGGCAAGGUAACCCGAGAGGACGGCUAUCAAGGGAUCUUGAAUGCUAUUGCAGGCGAUGUGCGGAGCAAGCAUCGAAAGAGGCUACAGCGACAGCAAGAGCUAACAAGCAUGAACGAAGCUCUGCAGCAUCUUAAUGAACGCAAGAAGUACUACGAAGAACAAAUUAAGAGCUACAACAAUUAUGUUGAAGGAGCGAUGAACACCAUGCAGAAGGGUAAAAGUAAAAAGCGAUUUGUUAUGCCCUUUUCCAAGCAGUUCUUCCACCUACGAGAAUUGCAGCGAUCCGGGAAGUCCCCGCAGUUUGGCUCGUACAAAUAUAGCGCCCAGUAUCUCUACGAGAAAGGGAUCCUGCUUUCCAUCGACCAAUAUUCUCCUCGCCAAUUCGACCGGAUCGAUGUUAUUUUAUCCUCGAACAAAGCGGGAACUUUCGAUAUCGAAAUGAUCAAUUCGAAUAUUGGCCCCAUGGCAUCUACGGAAGUUCGAAUGGAGGAUCUCCUGCAGGCGCAGUUUGAAAAUCGUGUUUCUUUGCCUCUUUUUGAUGGUAUGGCGAAGUUUAAUCUCAACCUGUUGUUGUAUCAAAUCAACAAGAAAUUCUACGUCUAAAUACCUUGUUUUCGUUCCGCUCUAUUCGCUUCUCUUGAUUUUCCUGUUGUUGUUACCUCCACCCCCUGUUGUUUAUUCGAAUUGUUUGACUCGCUGACACUAUGACUGUAUGGAUAAACAUCUGACUCAUGUAUCUAUACCUGACGAUUCCUACGAAAUGACA